AUGCCAACUCAAGAGGGCCGAGUGGCUAAAUCCAAAGCUCGGCGAUCUCAGACGCCCGCGCAACGCGUCUCCGCCAACCAAAAAAAACUCCCAUUAGUUGAGCGCAUAAACGCGCUGAGCAUCGAGGAUUUCAUCACAUCCCACGUGUCUCCACAUACAGAUGCUUCACCACCUAACAAAUCCACAACCACCAAAACAUCCCCACCAACCAGCCAAGCGGAUGGGGUUGUAAAAACCGUGCCAUUGCAGGAAAAUCUGCCCCGCAACACCUCGCUGGACGUGUACUCCGCCGCGACCAUCUCUACCGCAGACCUGGUUGCAUGUCUGGAUCUCAUCGAGCUCACAUCCAGCGAAGCAUAUGCCGCCUCCGGCGCGGGAUGGUCUCGGCCCCAAAAGCGGAAGGAGAUGAAGUUGCCCGAUAUGAAGUACCUUAUUAUUCGCGACUGUGUCGCGCCCUCGGCUGAUCUGCCCGGUGCCGAUGCCGAUGAAGCCGAUGAGCCGAAGCCCACGGCGAAUGCGAAUGCGGGCCCGAAUGGAGUUGUGAAGAAUGACCAAACUGAUGGUACGGGUACCGUUCUUGGUUUCUUGUCGUUCAUGGUUACCUACGAAGAUGGGCAUGAAGUGGUUUACUGCUACGAAAUCCAUUUGUCGGCGGCGGCGCGGGGCCGUGGUCUUGGGGGGUUGUUGAUGAGUCGGAUGGAGGAGAUCGGUCGGUCGGUUGGGGUGGAGAAGGCCAUGCUUACGGUUUUUAGAUCUAAUGUGGUUGCGUGCAGGUUCUAUGAGAAGGGUGGAUAUGUGGUUGAUGAGUAUUCACCCCAGCCGAAAAAGUUGCGGAAUGGGACGACCAAAGAGUUUGAUUAUUUGAUUUUGUCGAAGGAAUUAAGAUGA